AUGGUGGGCAAGAGAGCACGCGAGGAUGGCGCAGAGAACCAGGAGCCUCCAUAUAAGCGCGUACGACCAUCGAAGGUCGACCAUCUAUCAAGGCUCAGUGAUGAGCUGACAUUGCGAGUCCUAUCAUUCCUACCUAUAUCUGAACUCUUGAAGUGUCAGAGACUCUCCCACAAGUACCACAACAUUGGGGCCGACAGCCAGCUAUGGAAGUCACAUUACUACAACCGCUUUGUCCGACCCCGAGCGAGCAGACUUCCUGGAAUCAAGGACAUUGAACAGCGCUCAGAGAACUUACACUUCGCUUCCAAAGCGUCACGAUGGCUGGAUGACGAGCAUCUCGUAAGAGGGGGGAGAAAGACGAACUGGAAGAGGCAGUAUAAGCUACGCCACAACUGGUCGAAGGGGAGUUGCGCGGUGGAUGAGAUUGCAGUCGCCGAGCAGGCCACUGUGCCUCCGCUGGUUGUCCAGCUACACGAUGGAAUCAUCUAUACAGCGGAUCAGGACAGUCUGCGCGCAUGGUCUGCGAAAGAUGAACGCAAAUUGCUGGCUCAGAGGUCAUUUACAAACAGCCGCCACGGACCACCAACUUCUCUUGCUGUGGAUACAACCGGCGGCGAAGGCAGCACAUCAAGAUUGAUCAUUGGAUUCGAGAAUGGAGCGUUCGGACUCUUUUACCUGGACUCAAAAGCUGGACAAUUCACAAGCAUGUACCAGCACGAAGCCUCCAGCAACGGCGUCAUAUCGGUAGUGACUCUGGUCUGGCCAUAUGCAGUGACAAUGACAGCUACGCAGCUACUGUCCAUCUACAGCUUCAGAUCAUCCUCUGAAGACGACUCAAAUACCAAAAUGCUGGAUCCUCCUCGAUUACUGCACUCGCUACGAUCUCGGACCGUCCUUCCGCCGUUGUCGACAUCAUUGCGAACUAACGAGUCAGGAAUCGUGGUGUCGAUAGCCUACUCGAUGCCUACGUACCUCUCUGGCUGGACAGUCGGCAUACAGGAGGUUCGCAUCGACGAGACCGGCAAACUGCUCGAAUCCCGCCUUGCAUCUGCCAUUGACCAACACUACCGGUCACUGGCAUUUGCAUCCCCGCCGAUGCUUCACCAUCUGCCCGGCCCGGCGAUAGGCGCUUUGGCAACCUCAACUGCCACUGAGCUACGACAUAUCCACACUAAACCGACGUCCCUCUCGUAUACUCACCCGUAUCUGCUCGUUUCUCACCCAGACAACACGCUGACGCUGUACCUUGUGAACUCGACAGCGGAGGCUUUGUCGAUCAGCGCCGGCAGCCGACUGUGGGGCCACACGUCCUCAGUCUCUGGUGCACACGUAGGCGGGCGUGGUAAAGCCGUCUCGGUUAGCCGACGGGGCGAUGAGUUGCGCAUCUGGGAGCUUGAAGGUGGCUUUGCUUCCUCUGCGGCCAAACGACGGCUUGCGACUGGAGAUUUGAGCGUGCAGCUACGGCCUGCGAAGCGACCUCCACCAGAGUCGUCUCAAGCUGGGCUUGACCUGGUCAAUACUAAAGAUGGAGAGGAAGCUGAGGCUUCUGAGCUUACUCUCACUCGAGGGUGGAUUGGUUUUGAUGAAGAGAACGUGGUGGUCUUGAAGGAGCAGAGCCAGGGUCGGCAAGCUUUGGUGGUUUAUGAUUUUACGUGA